AUGAAGAGGAUUAACUUCUCGCCCCAGCAGCGGCACCAGCUGCGAUCGUUCCGCGUGCCGUCGUGGUCAUGGAUGGCGUAUGAAGGCGCCAUCACCUUUAUGGAGCUGCCGUUCGACGCCGUGCUCUGGGAGAGGGACGAGAUCCGGUCGCCCUGGUGGCCCCCGCGUGACGCGUCGAACUCUUCCUGGCUUUCCAUCAGCUCCAACGGGGGCCGGAUCGAGCUCACGGGCACUGCUAGAGACUUUGAUCUUGUCCGUGGCGACCAGCGCAUUUUCUACGACGGACUCUCGAGACCGCAAGACUUGACGGUCAAGUGCGUCACCGUCGGGAGGCGGAAGUCGGAAGCUGCGACAGACGCAAUGAGCCAGCAGUACUUCGUGCUCGUUGUUGCCCAGAAGUCGCACAGUGAAGAUGGUGCUGUAUAUGAGAGAGUGGGGUGGGCGCCAUCCCUGGUAGUUGGAUCAUGA